AACCAAACAUGCUAAUCUGAGUGGGAGAAUUAAUUGCUGAAGUAAUAUUUUCAAGAAUCCUUCUCUUCUUCAGUCUCAUCAGUGAAGGUGAAGAAAGGGAAAAUUUCUCAUCUUUUGUGGAGGUACGCCACUCUAAACCCUUUCAAUUUUAGGCCCUUUGGUUGUGCUUGCUGUAUAAGAGGCUCUUCUUUCUUCCCCUUCCAUUGUAAUUUUCUUUUCUGGUUUUCCUCCCCUGUUUCUCUGUCUUCUUUUUAUGUUUUACCCAUAGCUUUUCUUUAUUCAGUUUUGCUACUCACAACUUAGAAAAACAAAAUACAAAAAACAAAAAGAAAACAAAAUGGACUUUGUUGUUGGCGUCGUUAGCUCCAUUGUCACUGCAGCUGCAGCGUACACGACCUCUACCAUAAAAAACCAUUUCAAAUACCUUUGCAAUCAUGAGAACCAGGUCAGGACCCUCAAGAAUCAAGUUGAGAGCCUGAAGGAUGCAAGAGAAAGAGUACAGCAUUCUGUUGAUACUGCUAAGGGGAAUGGGGAAGAGAUUGAACACGAUGUCUAUACGUGGCUGACUACUGUCAACAAGAAGAUCGCUGAAGAAGUAGAGAAAGUAAUGCAGGAUGAAGAAAAAGCAAAGAAAAAGUGUUUCCUUGGCUUGUGUCCUAGUUUCUGGACUCGUUACAAGCUUAGCGUGGAUGCCGAAGAGGAGGCGAAGGCUGUCGCGGAGCUACUCAAACAGGGCAAAUUUGAUAGGGUUUCGUAUCGUGCAGUUCCACAAGGUACCACGGUCGCAUCUGUUAAAGAUUUCGAAGCAUUCGAGUCAAGAACGCUGGUUUUCAAUGGAAUCAUGGAGGCACUGAAAGAACCUAGUUUCAGUAUUGUAGGGGUGCACGGGAUGGGUGGCGUUGGCAAGACCACGCUAGUCAAAGAAGUUGCUAGACAAGUCAAGGAGGGCAAGUUAUUUGAUUCCGUAGUUAUAGCAACCGUAACUCAGACCCUUGAUGUUAAGGACAUUCAAAACCAAGUUGCAGAGUUAUUGGGUUUAAAAUUUGAGGAACAGAGUAGGGUUGGAAGGGCACAGAGACUACGAGAAAGAUUGCAGAAAGAGAAGAAGAUUCUUGUUGUUUUGGAUGAUAUUUGGGAAAGAUUAGAUCUCGAGGAAGUUGGGAUUCCUUUUGGAAAUGAACAUGAGGGAUGCAAGAUACUGCUAACGUCUAGGCAUCUCGAUGUUUUAUCAAGUGGGAUGGAAACUCAGAAAAAUUUUGCAGUUGGUCUUUUAAAUGAAAACGAAGCCUGGGACCUGUUUAAAAAGAUGGCUGGUGACUGUGUCGAAAGUUGUGAUCUGCAGCCUACAGCUAUCAAGGUAGCAAAGAAAUGUGCGGGACUGCCGAUCGCCAUCGCAACAGUUGCAAGGGCUUUGAGAAACAAACGUUUGUUUGAAUGGGAGAAUGCUUUGUGUGAACUAAAGUGGCCCUCAUCAAGAAGCAAAGGGAUAACAGCGGGUGUCUAUUUACCUAUAGAGUUGAGUUACAAUUAUUUAGAAGAUGAGGAAGUUAAGUUCCCUUUCUUGCUUUGUAGUUUAAUUGGUCAUAAUGGUUCCGUUGAAUGCUUGUUGUCUUACAUCAUGGGUUUGGGUGCCUUUCGUGGUAUCAACACAAUAAAAGAAGCAAGAAAUAAAGUGUUGACAGUGGUGAGUAAGCUCAAAGCGUCUUGUUUGUUGCUUGAUGGUUAUAAUGAUGAGCUGUUUGACAUCCAUGAUGUUGUUCGGGAUGUUGCCAUAUCAAUUGCAUCAAGGGACCACCAUAUGUUUGUGUUGAGAGAUGGUGAUGUGCAAAAAGAGUGGCCUGAUCAGGAGAGAAUGAAAAAUUGCAGUGUGAUUUUUUUAAGUUCUCCUAAUAUCAGUGAGCUUCCUGAUGAGUUAGAGUGUUCACAUCUUUCCUUCUUCUUUAUGAACAAUGAAGGUUCAGUGCAUAUUCCAGCCAACUUCUUCCGGGGAACAGAAAGACUCAAAGUCCUACAUUUGGCUAGAAUGCGGUUUCAAUCUCUACCUGUGUCAAUUAAUCUCCUAACAAGCCUUCACACGUUGCGUUUAAAUCGAUGUGCGCUGGAAGACAUAACCAUUAUUGGAAAGCUCAAGAAAUUAGAAAUCCUUAGCCUUGCAGGCUCAGAUAUUAAAGCGCUACCCAGGGAGAUAGCACAAUUGACUCGGUUAAGGUUGUUAGAUUUGAGUCAUUGUGCUGAACUCAAAAUCAUCCCACCAAAUAUCUUAUCCAAUUUGUCCAAAUUAGAAGAAUUAUAUUUGGAAGAUAGCUUUGUUCGAUGGGACGAUGGAGUACUUGGUAGUGAAAGAAGAAAUGCUAGUCUUGAGGAAUUGAAGCAUUUGUCUCAUCUAACCACUUUGUAUGUUUAUAUUCCGAAUGCUCAAAUGAUUCCAGAAUGCCUGUUCAGUGAGACAUUGGACAGAUACAAGAUUUUUAUAGGUUAUGGUGCCUGGGAGAGGUUCUCUGUGUCUGAAUGCUCAAGAACACUGAGAUUCAAGUUAGAUACAAGCAGUUACUUGGAUCAUGGGGUGAAAAUGUUGUUGAAGAAGACAGAAGAUUUGUAUCUAGAUGAACUUGAAGGUAUCAAGAAUGUAGUUGCUGAGUUGAAUAUUGGUGAAGAUUUUCCACAUUUAAAGAAACUUCACAUCCAAAAUGGUUUGGAAGUCCAGUAUAUAGCAACGGAGAAAACUCAGUUUUCUCAAUUACAGUCCAUGACACUCCAAGAUCUGCCGCAGCUCAUUAGCUUUUGCUCCGAAGACAAGAUGAGUUCCACAUCCCAGCAGGAGCAGGGGAAUACAAGCACCAAGCCCCUUUUCAAUAAACAGAUUGUGUUCCCUCAAUUGACAAGCUUGCGAUUGUCCUCAAUUAAGACCCAAAGGAUAUGGCACAGCCAGCUUUCAGAGACUUAUUGUUUUUGCCCUCCGAAUUUGAAGACCAUCAUCAUUGAGGGCUGUCAUUACUUACAACAUCUGUUGUUACCCUCUGUUGCUAGAAAUCUGGUACACCUUGAACAGUUUGAGAUAGUAAAUUGCAAGUGCUUAAGAGAGAUAAUAUUUACGGGGGAAAUAAAAGAACAGGAAGAUGUAAUUUGCUUCCCUCAAUUAAACUCCCUGGUAAUAAAGGAUCUUCAAAAUCUCCUCAACUUUUGCUCAGGAAAUUAUAAUAUUGCGUUCCCCUUACUGAAAGUGUUGUCGAUUAAACAAUGCCCUAAAUUAAAGGAAUUCAUUAGUGAAACUAAAAUGGAGGGGAAACAUGAGUCCAGUAUACAGGCUCUCUUCAAUAAGAAGGCUGCAGUUCCCAGCUUGAAAAGGAUGACACUUCGCCACUUGAGAAAUGUGAAGAAGAUAUUUCAUGAUCAACUUCUAGCAGGUUCCUUUGGCAAAUUAGCAGAAAUGAAUGUUGAAUGCUGUGAUGAGUUAUUGGCUCUUUUUCCAUCUAAUGUGUUCGGAGUACUUCAAAGCCUAAAAACACUUAGAGUGGGGAGUUGUGAUUCACUAGAACAGAUGUUUGAGCUUGGGGUUGGAGGGUUAAAUAUCAAAGAAACACAUGCUGUAGAUUCUCAACUAAUGGAAUUGUGUAUUUAUAAUCUACCAAAACUGAAGCAUGUUUGGAAUAAAGAUCCCCAAGGAAGUCUUACCUUUCAAAAUCUACGAAAGGUAAGGGUUACGUAUUGUGGGAGUCUGAAAAAUCUAUUUCCUGUAUCAAUAGCCAAAGAUCUUCCCCAACUCGAAGAUCUAACAAUAAUAUGUUGUGGGGUGGAGGAGAUUGUGUCGGCAGGGGAUGGAUUGGAGCAGCCGGUUAGGUUCAGGUUUCCUCGAGUGUCUUCACUGGCGCUUGCAAACCUAACGGAGCUUAAAUGUUUCUAUCCAGGGCAACAUACAAUACUCUGGCCGAUGUAAAAAUUGGAGACAGCUUGUUCUACUUUAAUAAAGAUAAUAGCUUCAGAAGGCUUUAGUAUCCAUGACAGACGGGAAUCCAUAAAAGGACAACCACUUUUCUUGGGUGAAGAGGUCAUUCCCAAAUUAGAGGAGUUGCGGUUAUCAAAAAUGGAUGACAUUGCAAUGAUAAGUGAUGCCCAGUUUCCCGCUGACUUCUUUCACCAUAUUAAAGUUUUUGAGGUGGGAGGCUCCAAUUUUCCAAUUUUUUUGGUCCAAAAAUUGCACAAUCUUGAAAAUAUUAAGCUCUCUCAUUGUGACUUCGAAAAUCUAGUCUUUUGUGAAGGAGAUGUUGGUGAAAAGCCUGAUGCUGGGAUACUCUCACGAAUUAGAAAAUUAAAUUUGAAUUAUUGUAAAAAUCUUAGAUAUAUAUGGAAGAAAGAUUCAGAGCUGGGCCACAUUCUUUCUAAUCUGGAAACUCUUGAAGUUGUGGGGUGUGAUGAUUCGAUAUUUUUUGGACCCUCCUCAGCAUCUUUUCGAAAUCUCACAACUUUUGAAGUGCAAGGGUGCAAGAAGAUGAUAUAUUUAUUUCAACCUUCAGUAGUCCAGAGUCUGGUACAACUAACAAAAAUGACGAUACAAUACUGCCAGAGGAUGACAGCAAUAGUUGCAAACGAAGGAGAUGAGAAUGAGAUCACUUUCGGCAAGCUGAAAUAUUUAGAACUGCAUUGUUUAGAGAGCCUCGCAAGCUUUUGUCGAGGGAAUCACACCUUCACAUUUCCAUCCUUGGAAGACUUAAUUGUGAUCAGCUGUACUAGCUUGAAGGUUUUUUCUCAGGGAGUUUUAAGCACCCCACAAUUACAGAGAGUAAAAGAAUCACGUUACUCUAACAAAGGGCGUUGGGCUGGUGACCUUAAUACCACCAUACAACAGUUGUACACCGAAAAGGCUGGAUACCAUGACCGAUAUAAUUUGGAGCUCUCAGACACAUUUUCCGAGUUGAUGGAAACAUGGAAUAGAAACCCUCAAGAAAUUUUGGACUUCAAAAACCUUGGAAGUUUGAAAGUUUGUAAUUGUAGCAGCUUGAAAUACAUUUUUACCCCCUCUAUGGUUUUGAGCAUCAAGCAAUUAUGGGAUUUACAAGUAAAAGAAUGUCCCUCGGUGGAAGCAGUCAUCAUGGAACAGGGAGUUGACGAGGAAGCAACUACAGAUAAGUUCACGUUCCCUAGGCUCAAUGGCAUAGAAAUUGAGUCAUGUUCCAACUUGACAAGUUUUUAUUUGGGAAUUCGAGCUCUUAAAUUUCCAAGGUUGGGCACAAUUAGGAUAGUGGACUGUCCAAAAAUGACUACAUUUGCUGCUUCUUCAUAUUCAAGGGACAAAGCGAAAGAGACGGGUGGUGAUGGAAGUGAAAAAGGGGAUAUUACUGCAACUUUUUUCAGCGACAAGGUUGUGUGUCCCAAAUUGUACGAUUUGGAUCUGUCCUCAAUUAACGUUCAAAAGAUAUGGCAUAUCCAACAAUUAGCAUCCUCUUAUCAUGUUUACAAUUUGAAAUGGAUUACGAUACAGGGGUGUCACAAUUUGAAAUAUCUGUUUCCAUCUUUCAUGGUAAAACAUUUUAUGCAACUCCAUAGCCUUUCGAUUUUGGACUGUAAGAUCAUGGAAGAAGUAAUCCUCAUGGAAGGAUUGACAGAAGAAGAAAAGAUGAGCAGCAUGUUGUUCUCCACUCUAAAUUUCCUAGAGCUCAAAGACCUUCCCAAACUCAGAAGAUUCUGUUACGAAACUGACAAUGAAUUCCCCUUCUUGGAAAGGCUAAAACUAAUAAACUGUCCUGUAUUGAAGACAUUCGUCUCUAAAUCUAUGAUUGACGAAGUUGGGGAUGAACCUCAAAUUGAUCAGAAUGCACAAGGAAAUAACUCGGCUCUCUUCAGUGAAAAGGUGGUCUUCCCUGAGCUAAAGAAGUUAACAAUCAAAGCUAUGAGGGACUGUAGAAGGAUAUGGCAGGACCAACUCACUGUGAAUUCGUUUUGCAAGCUAAAUAAGAUACGGGUUGAAGGUUGUGAAGCACUCCUAAGUGUCUUCCCGUUCAACAUGAUGGAAAGACUUGAGAAACUAAACAAGUUGCAGAUUGUGAAUUGUGAUUCAUUAGGAGAAAUAUUUGAGCCACAAGCACUCAUUGCUAAUCAAUCACAUGCAAUAACAACUAUUCAAUCGAUUGUGGUAGAAACAGAGGCCAAGUUUGUAUUUCCCCAAGUGACAGACCUUCGUCUUGAAAAAUUGCCCAAAUUGAAAAGUUUUUACCCUAAGACACUUGCCACAGAAUGGCCAUCAUUGAAAAAAAUGGAGGUGAUUGAAUGCCACAAAGUAGAGAUAUUUGCUGCAGAAUGUCCUUGCUUUGGAGAAACACAUACAGAGAGUCAGGUUAAAAUCUCAAAUCAACAGCCGUUGUUUUGGGUCGAUGAGAUUACGUUCCCUAUUUUAGAAGAAUUAAGAUUGAAGCAGAACGAUACUGUGAAAGGGACAUGGCAUAGCCAACUACUAUCAACAAAAUGUUUCAGGAAACUGAAAGUUCUUGAGCUCAUGUGCAUUCCUGAGAAAUCAACUGUUCUUCCAUAUUGCUUCAUCCAGUCAUUACCAAAUCUUGAAAAGCUAGUUCUGAGUGAUGCUUCCUUCUGUCAAAUAUUCCAGUCUGAAGAACUCAGUGAUGAGCAAAGACAUGCAUUGACACUCACUCGGUUAAGUGAAUUGAGGUUGUCUAAACUUCCAGAGCUAACACGUCUCUGGGAGGAAGAGCGCCAACCCAUACCAAUUUUCUGUAACCUGAGAAUUCUUGAAGUGCUGGAAUGUGGCAAAUUAAAGACUUUAGUGCCAUCUUUGGUAUCUUUGGAAAAUUUAACAAAUCUGGAAGUUUCAAGAUGUCAUGGAUUCAUAAAUUUAAUAGCAUGCUCAACAGCUAAGAGCCUGAUGCUACUGGAGAGAAUGAGCAUAACUGAUUGUGAGAUAAUAGAGGAGAUCAUAGCAUGUGGGGGUGAUGAAAUGGAAGGUGACAUUGUUUUCACCCGACUGAAGUAUUUGCAACUAAGUUGUCUACCAAGUCUAGCAAGCUUUUGCUUAGGGGAUCACAACUUUGAAUUCCCAGUCUUGCGAAAGGUGAUUGUGAGAGAGUGCCCAAAAAUGAAGAUUUUCUGUCAAGGAGAUUUAAGCACACAAAAACUGAAGCAAGUGCAAUUGACAGAGGAGGAAGAAAAAGGAAGGUGGGAAGGCGACCUUAAAACUACUAUAAAACAGCUGUUCGAAGAAAUGAAUGCUGGAAAUUCUGAAGUGACUGAGGUUACCAAUUAGUUGCCCAAGCUGGAAUAAGGCAAUAUGCAUGUUUUGGUGCCUAUGAGACAGGCUCAUUUUCCUUCAAU